AAGAAAAACUCAUUGUUCUGCCUUGUCUCUCACGCCACCUCCGACAAGAAAGAGAAGGGAAUUGUGUUCAAUCAUCUUCCGUUCUCUUCUCUUCUCUUGGUUUCUUUCAUCGGCUUUAUCAUGGCUUCCUCCUCCAGAUGGAUAAGGCCUGAGGUGUUCCCCCUAUUUGCUGCAGUUGGUGUAGCUGUUGGCAUUUGCGGCAUGCAGCUUGUUAGGAACAUCACCAGCAACCCUGAAGUCAGGGUUACCAAGCAGAACAGAACUGCAGGGGUGCUAGAGAAUCAUGAAGAGGGUGAGAGAUACGCAGAACACGGACUCCGGAAAUAUGUCCGUACCCGAGCUCCCCAGAUCAUGCCAUCCAUCAACAAAUACUUCUCCGAUCCACAGAUGCCAAAGUGAAUCGAGUGAUGCAAUUCAUCGAAUGUGCCGGAAUUGGAGAACGUAGGACACAAAAUUUGUUUUGUAAAAGGGUUUAUGAGGCGAAUUCUACGUGCUACAAGCUUCCAAGUAGUUGCUGUGUGUAUGAUCUUUUUUUAUCAAUAAAGUUCAUAUUUUUCCGACUCC